GCCACUUUGGAGCCUGAACGCACCGCAGCGCACCGCACCGCUGGAUCCACGGAUACGCACGACGCGGAGUGGCGGCCAGGCGGGACACGCGCGCUGGUUGCUUUUCAUUCUAUCUUUUUUUUUUUUCAUUCUUAUUAUAGUUCCACAGUGUGUGAAUUGCCUUUGCAUGCAUCAACUUUCACUUAUGGUUGAUGAAGAUGGGCUCAAGUUGUGGUUUGUCACGGGGAAACGGCGCGUCACUGCUGCUGCUGUUGCUGUGGAUGCUGCUGAGAGGAGCUAAAGGAUUGUACUUCCCUCAGAAUGAGUACAAGGAGACCAUUUAUCUUGGCCAGGCAGCAGGGAGUCGGGUCCUCCAGGUCCACGCCAUGCUGGACAGCGAGUCCGAGAAGCCGCACUUCUACCUGUGCUGGUCCAGCUCGCUCAAGCGGCCCGUGUACAGCUCCUGGUUUAACAUGGAUACAAACACCGGAGUGCUGUCCUUGAACAAAACCCUGGAUGAGAAUGACUUUGCCAUGCUAUAUAAACCUUCGUGGUCUGUGAAGAAGCUGUCUCUGUCUGUUAUGGUGCUACCCAAGUUCACCAAGAGGUCCUGGUGCAUCACGAGAAAUAACCCUCGGAUCAUCCUGGACUUUGUAAAUGCCACCAUGCCACAAUGUGCACAGACUGAUUUGAAAGAGUUAUGCUUCCCGCACCGAGACAUCUCCAAACCACACAUCAUGGAGAACAGAUUCCCCGGGCCCGUGAUGCAGCUGCGACGACUCACCAGACUCAACGUGUGCCCCAACUUUACCAUCUCUUACACUGUGGAAUCAGAGACACCUGCUCCCUUCGCCGUGAAUCAGAACACCUCUGAGAUGGUCGUGACGGCUCCUUUAGACCGAGAAGAGAGUGAACGUUACAGACUCCUGCUGGUUUGCACAGUUAUUUCCGAGGCCGCCAUCACCACCCUGGACACUCCUCUGGAUGUUUUUGUCAACGACGAGGACGAUAACGCGCCAUACGUGAACUUAACCGACACGGCGGAGAUCGUCAUCAGUUUCAAUCGGACUAAAGGUGGCACUUACGGCACAUUGUCAAUUUUUGACCGGGACUUGACCUCCAUCUAUUCUACAGACCAGAGUCACAAUAGGUAUGUUGAGACCUUGCUCAACACGGACCCAUGGACGAGAGAAACAUUUGAUGUAAAACGCAGCUUCAGUGAAAAGAAAGCAGCUCAUAAUGGAGUCAGAGAAACCAUUCAUAACUACGACCUGAUCCUGAAGAGGAACCUGCUUGUGACGGAGAAUCGCAGUGUGCAGCUGGACUAUCUGGUCAACGACACCACCUACCCUGGUCUGGAGGGAACUGUGUCCCUUCACUUCAACGUCACCAUCUUACCGGUCCACAUCCGCUUUGAGAACUUCACGCAUAUCUUCACGCUCACCCGGAGAGCUUCCCUUUAUGCUCAGGUUGGGAGAGUCUGCGUGGAAAACUGCCAGCAGUUUGAUGGUUUCAGUGUCACAUACCAGCUCAAGGUUCCCGAUAAGAACAUCUCUGCUGACGAACUGUCCUGCUAUGCGGCCAUAAGUAUCGCCCAGGCGCCUGACGAAAUGUGGGGACUCCUCUACGUUAACGACUCGGAGUCUCUACGAAGAGCCGAGUGCCAGGAUCUGCAGUUCAUCGUUGUAGCUCAGGCGGCCAACGCACAAGGGGAAGUCAGCGCUGAGAUCCGAAUCAUUCUGGAUGCUGAAGUGGUGAACCAGGAGAGUCAGCAGCUCGUGUCCUGCUCGGAAAACAGACGUCGAGGAGACUGUGAGUCCACCAGAGGCCUGGGGGCGACGAUGGGGAGAUGCCAGUGGAGGCAAGGCACUGAAAAAGGAAUUGCUGAAAACUACUCGACCUGCUCCCCGGACCUGCGCACAUGUCCAGAUAGCUUUUGUGACGCUAUCGAAAGCAAAGAUACAUCAAUAUGCCCGCAAGACUGUACGAAGGAAACUGUCACAGGAGGUCAUGAACUUGGUCUAAGAAAUGGCAUCCAGGCUGGCUACGGGACAUGUUACUGCUUGACGGAAAGAUGCUUCUGUGAAAAAGACGAUGUUGAGGAGGGGCUCUGCGACGACAUGUGCAAGACGGUCAUCGCCACCAUUCUGCUCCUCUCCUUCAUCGUUUCCAUCCUCCUUUCAUCCUACUUCAUCCACCGCUACCACAAGAAGUCACCCAAGGCCCCAAUAGCGUCCGCUGAGAUGACUUUCCGCCGGCCGGCCCAGGCUUACCCCAUCAGCUUCCCCGGUAACAACCUACGAAGAGGCUCGCAGGAAUCCAUCGAGACCGACACCUUUAAAAUACCUGAGGAUCCCAAAUGGGAAUUCCCUCGGAAGAACCUCGUGCUCGGCAAGACUUUGGGAGAGGGAGAGUUUGGGAAAGUCGUCAAAGCGACGGCAUUCAGGUUGAAAGGAAAAGCAGGUUACACUACCGUGGCUGUGAAAAUGCUGAAAGAAAACGCCUCCCAUAGUGAGCUCCGGGACCUGUUGUCAGAAUUCACUUUACUCAAGCAAGUGAACCACCCUCACGUCAUUAAGAUGUACGGCGCGUGCAGCCAAGAUGGUCCAUUGUACCUGAUCGUGGAAUAUGCCAAGUUUGGGUCACUUCGCAACUUCCUUCGCGAGAGCCGGAAAGUUGGCCCGAGUUUCAUGGGAAUGGACGCCAACCGAAACUCCAGCUAUUUGGAGAACCCAGACGACAGGGCGCUGACCAUGGGUGACCUGAUCUCCUUUGCAUGGCAGAUAUCCAGAGGCAUGCAGUAUUUAGCUGAAAUGAAGCUUGUUCACAGGGACCUCGCAGCACGAAAUGUGCUCGUAGCAGAGGGAAGGAAGAUGAAGAUCUCAGACUUUGGCCUCUCCAGAGAUGUUUAUGAGGAGGACUCUUAUGUUAAGAGAAGCAAGGGUCGGAUACCUGUUAAAUGGAUGGCGAUAGAAUCCCUGUUUGAUCACAUUUACACGACCCAAAGUGACGUCUGGUCCUUUGGUGUGCUCUUAUGGGAAAUUGUGACAUUAGGAGGUAAUCCAUACCCGGGCAUUGCACCCGAGCGCCUCUUUAACCUGUUGAAGACUGGAUACAGGAUGGAGAGACCGGAGAACUGCUCCGAAGAAAUGUAUAACCUCAUGGGCCGAUGCUGGAAACAAGAAUCGGACAAGAGGCCGACGUUCUCCGACAUCAGCAAAGAACUGGAGAAGAUGAUGGUUAAAAGUCGGGAUUAUCUGGACUUGGCAGCGUCCACGCCUGCUGACGCCCUGCUGUACGAUGACGCGCUCUCUGAAGAGGACACACCACUUGUGGACUGUAAUAACGCCCCUAUCCCUCGAACCCUCCCCUCCACAUGGAUUGAAAACAAGCUCUAUGGCAUGUCAUACCCGAACUGGCCCGAGAAGAGCCCGGUACCGCUCAACAGACAUGAUGCCACUAAUCCAGUCUUUACAAGAUAUGCCAAUGAUAGUGUUUAUGCAAACUGGAUGGCUUUGCCUUCACCCGCAAAAACCGUGGACAAGCUUGAUAGCUAGAUGUGACAAGACAAAUCCACAUUGUAGAAAAGAUGUGUUGGUAGAUGUGUAUAUUUCUAUAAGACUGUAUAUAUAUACAAUCUGAUGCUAAAGUCGGUUCCCUUUUAUUUCUGUUGCACGGGUACUAAAACUGGGAUCUUCUGGGGUUGUUUUUUUUUUGCCGUGAAACUUGCUGGAUCAAAGUAGGCCAUGUUUUAUUCAGCUCUUAUGUAUAUUAAUUAUUACCUCACAGUCAUGUCAGCCACGUUGUAUCACUGCAUGACUGUUGUACCAGAUUGUACGUCAGCGUCUUUUAAGUGCCUGUGCCGCUUUCGACAAUAGCCUCCAAAUGUUAGUGUGCUACUGUGAAGAUAUAAAUGUUCCAGCCCAGGAAUGAAAGGGGACACUUUUACCAUCAUCUGCUGUAGACAGCUGGAACUGCGUGGACAAGACGUUUUUACUUUGGAGGACUGCGCUCCUUAAUGUGCCCAAAGACCAAUUUUCUGUUUUACCCACAUGAUGUUUCAGAAAUAUUUCCAAACAGGCGUGUAACUGACUUCUUAUUUUUAUUAUGAUUAUUUUUUUUUAAUGAUAUAAAUGUCAGUAAAUCAGUGCUACUUUUGUUUGAUGACCUAAUGCAAAUUGUGGCCAUUUCAUUCUUUUUUUUCACUCAGUGUAAAAGCAAACGUCAAGGGAAAAACAUGUAAACUGA